GCGCUUUUGUGCCGGUCAUCCCUGGAUGUUGUGUUUUUUUAUGGAAACAAAGCAAACAUGUGCGGAGAACGCGACGCUACGUGGAAUUUGUGGGUAUGUGCAUGGUGAAAGCCACUAGGCGGUGAUCUCUUCUAGAAGUCGGGCCGGUGGUAUUAGUGUAUGGUAGAAGGAGAAGUUAGCCUCACUAUGAUGGACCUAGACCUUCAUUUUAUUGAUACGGCUAUUGAAGAGGAAAUGGUGGGUAAAUGUCGCUUCACUGGCCUCUAUGGAUGGACGGAUGGGAGUGACAAGUGACGAACGUGGGAAAUUAUGAGAUCACUGAGUACCCAAUGGGACGGACCGUGGCUGUGUGGGGGAGACUUCAACCAAGUCUUGUCGACAGCAGAAAAAAGCGGAGGCCGAGGCGCCCAGGAAUAGAGAUGAGUCAUUUCAGUGACCAUCUUAUCGAUGUAGGCUGCCAUGAUCUGGGUUUUGUUGGAUACCCGUUUACUUGGGAUAAUAGACGAACGAGAGGAGGAUACAUUGAAGAACGACUGGAUAUAUUUGUAGCUAAUGAGAAAUGGAGCGAGUGUUUUCCAAAUGGAAGGGUUCUGCAUGGGGAGCGGACACACUCGGAUCACCGACCCAUCCUCUGUGAAACGAGAGGAGAGGAGGACGAGGACAUCAAAUGGGGAUGGUCUUUUCGUUUUGAGCCACUAUAGACAAAACAUAAGGAAUGCUUGGAGGUGAUCGAUCGUGCGUGGAAGAAGUUCCCGCAUAUAAAUAUUCUCGACAAGUUUGAGCAAUGCCGAAAAGAACUGGAUUGCAGGAGUCGGCAGGCUUUCCCAACGUUUGGAAAGCAAAAGAAGAGGAUUCGCCGGGCAAUAAGAGCACUUGAGAGACGUGAAAAGACGGCGGAGGUGCUGGCUCAACUUCGACUGUUGGAAGACGAAAUGGCGGAUGUGCUCGAUAGCAACGAGAAAAAAGCUGGAAACAAAGGUCCCGAGCAGAUUGGUUGAGAUCAGGGGACAAGAAUACUAACUUUUUUCAUCGCAAAGCAUCAGCCCGCCGGAAAAGAAACAUGAUCAGGAAGAUUAAGAAUGAGGCAGGGCGAUGGUUUGUGGGACAAAAUGAAGUGUCCUCGUGCAUGGUAGACUACUACCAGACCCUCUUCACUGCUGGUCCGGCGCCUGAUCGCUGGCCGGUUUUGGAUUCAAUCCCUUGCAAGCUACAGGAAGAAGACAAUGAGGAGUUGAUGCGACCGUUCACGAAGGAGGAAGUGUGGCCGGCUUUGAAGCAAAUGGGCUGUCGUAAGGCACCAGGAUCGGACGGACUUUCCGCUUUUUUCUUCAGGAAAUACCGGUCUAUUGCGGGUGACGAGGUUACUAGAGCAGUUCUGCAAAUUCUGGACACAUGUGCGAUGCCGGAGGGACUUAACCAUACACUGAUCACGCUCAUCCCCAAAACCAAACAACUAGUUUCUCCUAAAGACUUUCGUCCGAUUAGUCUUUGCAAUGUCCUAUACAAAAUUGUGUCGAAGGUUUUAGCCAACCGUCUUAAGCCGCUAUUGGAUAAGAUCAUAUCACUAGCUCAGAGUGCUUUUAUCCCUGGGCGCUUCAUCACAGACAAUAUCAUGGCAACGUCGAGUGUUUCCACACUAUGAAAGGGAGAAAACGAUGGAAACGUGGCUACUUUGCCGCUAAGAUUGACAUGGCGAAGUCUUAUGACAGGGUGGAGUGACAUUUUCUUGAAGGCGUUAUGAGAAGAAUGGGUUUUGCCGACCGUUGGAUACAACUCGUUAUGAUGGGCGUUACUACCGUGUCGUACUCUGUUCUGCUGAAUGGUCAUCGAUCCCAUACUUUCACUCCGAGCAGAGGGAUACGGCAGGGCGAUCCGUUAUCACCUUAUCUCUUCCUGCUUUGUGUGGAGGGAUUGUCAGCCUAUACAGCCAAGGCAGUGGAGGAAAAACGGCUACAUGGGCUGCAGGUGAAUCGGGGAGUCCCGGUGAUUCCCAUCUUUUUUCACUAACGAUAGUAUCUUUUUUGCCAGGGCUACUCAGGAGGAAUUUCUUGUGCGAAAAAAUAUACUUCAUGCUUAUGA